GUUUUGUGUGUUUUCGUUUUCUUACAUUAUUAUCGCGCAUGCAUAUUCGCUUAAGCAGUCUAAACUUAAAUGGUGACAUUCAUGGAAUUUACAGAUGAAAUACAUUUUAUUAUUUGCAUUUGUACAAUCAGUGAUAACGAAUAUAGAAAUCCAAGGGCGAGAAGUAUGUCUUUCCUGUGAUAUCCUACAACAAUGUGAACAGAUAGUAUGCAAUAAUGUAUUAAUAAAUGGAACAUUUAUCCCAGAAUAUGUAAUUGGAUGUGAACUAGCUUGCCCUUUUGGAAACAUAUCCUGUCAAAAAGAUAAUAAUGGUGCAUUUACUUGGCUACCAGAAGAUCCAUGUUUACCUGAAAUUAGUACAACAACUUCAGAACCAAAUAUUUCACUGACAACAACGACUGUCUUUCCGUUUCACACUGACACACCACAAAUUAACACUACUACUGAUCUAGGUGUCUUAAAUACAACCAUAUUUGAAAUAAAUCAAACGGAUUGUCAUUAUGUGAGCACAGAAUCACCAAAUAAUAUUACUGAAGAUAUAAACUAUUCAAAAGGAUGGACAUUAUUCUGGCUUAUUCCAUUGAUACUUAUUAUCAUGAUUUUUUUAUUGUUACUCUUAUGUUUGGUUUUAAAUCGUUUUCAAAAGCGUAAACAUCGAGUAGAAUUCCCACUGUCUGAAAAACAUAUUUUUGAUAUGAUUGACCCUUCUACAUCUUCUUGGGGACAUUAUUCCUAUCCAUACAAAUCAGGAACUCCAAUUGGACAAAAUGGGUAUUAUCGUCAAAAUAGAAACACUAUUUAUGAAGCAUAUGAUUCACCAAACAAAACAGAUAGAAUUCUUACUAAUUUACAAAAACUAUCAUCACCUAAGUAUAAUAAGUUGAAAUUCAUUAACAGAAAAACAAUAUCACCAUGUCCGAAUAGAAAACUUAUAAAUUGGCAAGAAUCAGGUACAUAUGAAUAUGCUAUUCCACCAAGUCCGAAAUCUGCUUCUUCAAUGAAUAUUAAUAAAACACCACCGAGUUAUUCUCCAAAAAAAGAAAGAAACUAUUCACAAAUUUCAUACAAUUUAAAUAAAUCUACAUCACAAAUUUUCUCAGGAACUCCAACUAUUAGUAUAAGAUACCCAGAAGAAAUGAGAUCAAUUAGUCAAUGUAAUAUGUUAAAUCCUCAAAAAUCAAAUGUACAAGAUACAUUAACACCUGAUUAUUAUAUUCAAGAUGGUCGAACUACAACGACUUUCAAUCGUCAUGUUAAUCAUUUACAUAGACCAAAAUUAUCUGAUAAUGAUAAUCAAAUUUAUCAAACAGAAGCAUUAAUCAACUGUGGUGAUGAUGAUAAUGAAUUCACUAAUGAGGAUACAUUUGAUCAAAUCUCAUCAAUUACAAUGCAACCAACUAUUGUACAACAACCAAUUUCAAAUUUAUCUCCUAAUCAAUCUUUUAAUGCAUUUAUCGAUUGUGAAGGUCAACAACAAAUGGAACAAUUAGGUAUGUAUGAUUCACAAUACAAUGAUUGGACAUUAGAUAAAACAACUAUUGCACGAAUACCUCGUAUUUAAAAUAUUGAAAGCUUUUAGAUUUCAUUAUUUUUAACUGUACUUUUCUUUUUGAUAUUUCCUUAUAUGAAGACUAUAAUAUGUAUGUUGAACGAAUCAAGGUAAUGAAGCAAAUAAACAUUUACUUUUCAUCCUCUUCUUCGAUUAUUUAAUUAAUUUAUGAAUAUUCUGUGAGCAGAUACACCAAUGGACAAUGAUCCAUAUGAAAACAAACAAAAAAUUCAGUAACAAUUUAUGUAUAUUGAUCAUUUUGGUAAAGAUUUUUCUGUUUUUCCCCCAACAUCCCCCCCCCAAAUUUUUAUUACAUUUAGAGAAUCUGUGGUGGGGAGGGGGCAUUGUCAUUUGUUUGGUUUCUUUGGUAUUUUGAUACUCAACCCAAAUGUUCUAACAUAUAUAUAUAUAUAUGUACACUGAUUAUCUUUACUUCUCAAGGAAAAGUCCUAUUCGAAUAAAUGAUAAGUAGAAAUGAACAAUUAUUCAUAGACUGAUUUUUAUUCUAGAUUAUUAUUUUUUAUCACGAAUUAAUUAGACGGAAUUUCCUAGUGAAUGAACUACAAUACCCCAUGUAUUAACUACUGCUUAUAAAACUCUAUAUGGUUAUGUAUUUAUCAAUAACAAUGUCCUUUAUUGGAUAUGUACUUGAAUGAUCGACUGUUUUUUAUAGGAUCAGUUGGAUUGUUGAGUUCGCUUAUUGUUUUGAAAAUCAGUGACGUCUUUAUCAAAUGACUUAGUGAUAGUAAAUAAUAACUGUAUAAUAGCAAGAUCUUUUUGGGUCGAAAGCUGUUUUCAAUUAGUAGGCGAAAAUAUAGAACAGACUAGUUCUCUUUUGUACUCUAUAAAUUUCUGACUAGAAAUCUCAUACAAUAAUAUAUCUCAAAUGUUUGACAACAUAGAAACAGAAAUUUUGAAAUGACAAUUACAUGACUAUUCCAUAAGUGUAAGGAACUGGGUGAUAUGUCUGUAACUGAUUAACAAUACAUUAGGUAGCGUAAAAUUUACUACAAUAUCUUACUUGACAACUUGAAUAUUACAAUGGGAAAUAAUAUAAAAUACAAUAAUUCUA